AUGGUCCUCGGAUCAGAAGCGAGCCGUCUCGUGGAGGAGGCAUCUAGGGCACCGCACAGCUCUUCUACUCACACUUUUUCUGCAAAAAACCGAGACCAACAACUACUGUCGCUACAACACUGGCCACCACAACCACAACCAAGCCAACCACCACAACGGAACCCACAACAAGAGGUAUGUGUUCCCAAUCCACCCAAAGUGGCAGUUGUGGAGUACGGGAGGCCGAACGGAAGGGUACAUCUGGACUACAAUGAGAUACCGCACAUCCCUGAUCACAGGGAAGAAGCGGCCAGAGCAGGAUUAUAUUUGCAUGCAAGGCGUCAGGCUCCAACCCACAUCUGGGCUUUCUUCCCGGUAUCGUUACCGAACACCGUAAACUCAGUCUGCGGAACAAUUUCUUGA